AUGUUUUCCGUCUCCCACCUCCACAACCACGUCCUCCUCAUCCGCCUCGACCCCGAAUACGCCUCGCACGAAGACCUCCCCAGCGACCCCUCCACCCCAGACGCAAAAUGCUACCGCAUAACCGACCACAUGAACGCACUUCCCGCCGGUCUCUGGGACACAACCGUCAAGUUCGACGCCCACAUGACUGAUCUCGACGACGGCGUGCUAUGGAUGAUCAAGGCGCCACUGGGGCUCACACAGCAGACUACGUGGAGGUGUUUGAAGACGGAGGGGUUGAGUGAGGGGGACAGAGAGGGUGCUGAGGGAUGCGAGUGGAGUCUUGUGGAGGAUGUGGAGAUUAGGGCGAAUAGGAUGUUGGUGGGGACGGUCAAGGCGAAGUAUGCAAACACUAUCCCAGAUCCUUACGCCAAGUUCAACGAACUCUUGUUGUCAACCCUAAUGGACAACAGCUACAACAUGCUUGGUGCAAUCCUCACCCGCCCUCCAGGAAACAUGGAGAAGCCCGGCUGA